GGGAGAGCUAACGACGUCCCAACGCCGCUCGGUAAAGUUAGCUUAGCGGUUAGCAUCUAGCGACGAAUAGCUAGGAAGCUACGCAGCAGAGCUAACGACGUCCCAACGCCGCUCGGCAGUUAGCUUAGCGGUUAGCAUUUACCGACGACUAGCUAGGAGGCUACGCAGCAGAGCUAACCUCAUUAUUCUGCGAUACAACCUCGAGACGAGUCGGGACAAGAACAGUCUCAGGGCUCACCAUACUCAAUGAGCGGACAGCGCAAUGUCAGAGCGCUCUGGGCAAACUGCAAAGGGGAAGGAUGGCAAAACCAAGUAUGCGUCUCUCAACCUAUUUGAUACAUACAAAGGAAAAAGCCUUGAAGCACAAAAGCCUGUUGUUCCCCCCCGCCAUGGCCUGCAGUCUCUUGGUAAAGUUGCCUCCGCGCGGCGCAUGCCCCCCCCCGCCAACUUGCCCAGUCUGAAGGCCGAGAACAAAGGCAACGAUCCCAACGUCUCCCUCGUUCCCAGAGACGGCACAGGAUGGGCAAGCAAGCAGGACCCAGCAGACCCAAAGAGUACCGAUGUAUUGUCAGCACAGCCGCCGGAGUUGCCGCCGCCUGGGGUUUCACCGACGCCUGCAGCCUCACAGACACCGGUCCAGACCCUGCCCAGCACCCCUCCGCCCCCAGAGGUCCCGGCUCCCACCACGGGCCUGGCCGCAGGGGCAAGGUCCUGGGCACAGGCCAGUGUUACACAUGGAGCUCAAGGAGAUGGUGGAAAGGGAUCAAGCCAACCGUCGCCAUUCUCUCGCGAGGAAUUUCCCACCCUGCAGGCGGCUGGCGACCAGGACAAGGCUGGCAGAGACGGGGCCACUGCCGAUCAGUGGUCUGGGCCCGGACCAAGCCUCCGCCCACAGAACGUUACCAACUGGCGGGAAGGUGGCGGCCGAGGCCCGUCGCCCGGACCGCCUGGCGAAGGGGGGGCAGAGGGUGGCGGGGCCCUAGCCAUGGAGGGGGGACCCCAGGGCCCCCCUCAGAACCACCAGGGCCCGGGAGGCCCUAGAAACGCGCCGGCAGGCAGCGCCGCUCUGCCCCUACCCCAGCCCCCGGUUGGCCCCGGGUUCCCUGCCUACAGAGGGAUCAUGCCCCCCUUCAUGUACUCUCCCUACAUGCCCUUCCCGGCCCAAUACGGCCCCCAAGGGCCCUACAGGUUCCAAGGGCCAGGUGACGGGCCUCCUCCCAGGUUCGCCCGGGCUCCGGACGGCAGGGCCCACGGUGGGCCCCGUGGCGGCGGAGGCGGCGAGGGGCCGAAGCGACCCUCUAUCCUGAAGCAGGACGACCUGAAGGAGCUGGACGAGCUGGACCACGACGGAGACGAGGGCUGGGCAGGGGCACACGAGGAGAUCGACUACUCGGCCAAGUUGAAGUUCAGCGACGACGAAGGCGAGGAGGAGGGCGACGAAGAGCGCAGCGAGAGCAAGAACGGCCCACGGGACCCCCAGAGGCCCCAGGACGGCGCUCCCCAGGCCUCCCGCUCCCGGGCCUCCGACAGCGGGGGGGAGCCGCGCCGCGGACCCCCCUCCAGCGCAGACGACGGCCCGCAGCCCCCGCCCUCCAGCAAGCCAGCCCGGGCCGAGGAGGGCGGAGCCGGAUGGGGCGGGCAAGGCCCUCCGGCCAAUCACCAGGGGCGCAGGUCAGGACUGGGUGGCCCCCGGGAGCAGCCCUCCCCCCCACCUGGCCCCGCGCUGGGACAGGGGCCCUACUCCUACUACCGACAGGACCGCCCCCAGAACCAGUCGGCUCCGCCCCCAGCGGGCGCCAUGAAGCCCGGCGGAGGCCCGGCCCAGCAGCCGCAGCAGCAGUCGGCGGCCCCGGCCGGCGGCCCCUCGGGGGCCUCCCCCGCCCCGCCCAGCCUCCUUGGCCCCGGGCCCCAGGGCGAGGACGAGGACGAGACCUGGCGCCAGCGUCGCAAGCAGUCGUCCACCGAGAUCUCGGCCGCCGUGGAGCGCGCCCGGCGCCGCCGCGAGGAGGAGGAGCGCCGCAUGGAGGAGGAGCGCCGCGCGGCCUGCGCCGAGAAGCUGAAGAGGCUGGACGAGAAGCAGCAGCAGCUGGGGGGGGCGGCGCCAGCGGGAGGAGGAGGUGGAGGUGGCGGUGGAUCCAGCGGAGGGGAAGGAGGCGGCGGCAGCAAGACCCCCAGCCUGGACGGGAACUCGACGGUCGCCACCGCUGGAAGCCCCACCCCCUCCCUGUCCGCCUCGGCGUCCUCGCCCAACGUCAGCCAGCCCGGCUCGCCCUGCGUGCCCCACGACGAGCCCCCCCUGCUGUCGGUGCCGGCCGCGGUCGUGCCCGGGGCCCCCGACAGGCAGAGGGCCAACAGCAGCAGCAGCUACGACUCAAACAGUGACGCCCAGCAGCCGUGCCCCCCGCCGGUCGUCCUCCAGCCCCCCCAGUCCCCUCUGGAAGCUCCUCCUCCGGGGGAGGCUGCGGAGGAGGUGCUGGCUCCUGCCCACGUCCGCAUGGUGGCAGGAGGAGGUGGAGCAGCAGGAGCUGAUCCGGUGAAGGUGGAGAGCAUGGUGGCAGCAGCAGCAGCAGGAGGUGGAGGUGGAGGUGGAGGUGGAGCGAACCGUCCAGCCAACGGACCCCCCUCUGGCCAGGGCUACUCCAAGUACCAGAAGUCCCUCCCACCGCGCUUCCAGAGACAGCAGCAGGAGCAGCUUCUCAAGCAGCAGCAGCAGUGGCAGCAGCAACAGCAGCAGCAGCAACAGCAGCAGCAGCAGCAUCAGCAGCAGCAGCAUCAACAGCAGCAGCAGCAGCACCAACAACAGCAGCACAGCCAGGUGUCCCAGAGCCAGCUGCCCCCCCAGCAGCAGGCCCAGCAGCAGGGCCCCUCCCCGGGCCCCACGCCCCAGCCGGCCCCGGGGGCCAAGCAGGGCGGCCAGCUCUACCCGGCCGGCGCAAUGGCCCGGCCCCAGCCCCUGCCCAUGAACUACGACCCCCGCUGGAUGAUGAUGCCCUACAUGGACCCGCGCAUGAUGCAAGGCCGCCCCCCCGCCAUGGAGUACUACCCCGCCGGCAUCCACCCCUCCGGCCUGAUGGGGCGUGAGCGCUCAGACUCGGGAGGUUCUGGAUCGGAGUCCUUCGACCGCCAGCAGCAGCAGCAGCAGCAGCAGCAACAACAGCAGCAGCAGCAGCAGCAGCACCAAGGCCACCCCCAUCGUGGGACCCCCCCCAUGGACCCGAAGAUGGCCUGGGUGGCGGAGUCGUUCUCGGGGGCGGGGGGUGAGGGUCGAGGGCUCACCUCCCCGCUGAGGCAGAAGCAGAUCCUGGAGGAAGAGGAGGUGGUGAAGAGGCCCAGGAGUGACACCCCGCCUCACCGCCCCAGGGAUGGUGCUCUGGGCCCCAUCCAGCAGCCCAGCGCAGGCUCGGGCCCCUCCAGCCAGACGUCCCCACCCCCUCAGGGCCCCGGCCACCACCCCCACCACCACCACCACCAACAGCAGCAGCAGCACCACCAACAGCAGCAGCAGCAGCAGCAUCACUAUAUGGGCGGCAGGGGGAACUACAGUAACUUCCCCGAGCAGGGCUCCAGGAUGCAGCAGCAGCAGCUCCAGCGGGGCCCCGAGAGAGGGGCACUCCAGCACGGCUUCACCCACCAAGAGGAGGCCCCGCCACGGGGCCCCCAGCAGGGCCAGGUCUGGGCCAACCCCCACCCCCACUACGACCGCAACGGCAGGGCGGACCUGUCGCCCAUCGAGGGCGGCUCGCACCACCACCACGGCCACCAGCCCCAGCAGCCCGGCUUCCCCCACAAGCCAGAGAACGGCCGCGAGAGAGGCGGGGAGGCGGCGGCGGCCAAGAAGGCGGAGCCAAACUCUGCCUCGCUGCUCAACCAGCCCUCCGUCUCCUCCUCCUCUUCCUCGUCGUCUUCGUCCGCUAGGGAGGAGGGCGGCGGCAAGGCUCUGCAACACCUCCCCGCCCAGAGGGAGGCCGAGGGGGCCGGAGAGAGGGGAGGAGCCGCGGAGAGAGGAGCGGGCGGCGGCCUGGGCAAGCAGCAGGAGAAAGGAGGCCCCGGCUACGCGGCCCACUCCUCCCAGUCGGGCGCCCACGGCCCCGCCCACGGCCAGCAGAAGGGCGGCCCGAGGGGCGGUCGGGAGCACAAGAUGGAGACCCAGUGGGGCCCGCGGCCUGGCAGCAGCAACGCCACUCCCCUAGGCCCCGCCCACAACAGGAGGCCGGGGGGCGUGAACAGCGCCCGUGGCGCCCUCGCCGACGACACCGCCAACGCCGCCGACCACAAGGCGUCCAAUCAGGGCGCGGGGGGCGGAGCCAACAAGCGGGCAGGCCCCAUCAAGAAGCCCGUGCUGAAGGAGACGACGACGACGAUGACGAAGAGGGAGGGAGGAGAGGGAGAAGGCGCGGAGAAGACCGCCUCCGGGAAGGACAAGGAGCAAGAUGGCGGCCAGUCAGCGGCGGCCAAACAGGAGGGGCCACAGAGCGCGUCCUCGGGACCCGGGAAGGAGGAGACCGGGCCGCCGGCCAAGCCCCGCAACGGAGGGAAGGAGCGCGCUGAGCGAGGAGGAGCAGGAGGCGCGGGCAGAGCCACCAAAGACCCCGACGCACCUCCCGCCGGGUUCCCGGGCUCCUCCUCUCGACGGGAGAGGGAGCGCUCCUUCGAGGCGGCGGGGGGAGGAGGCCCCGGGGCCCCCUACCCCGCCGGCAUGCCCUCCAGGAGCAGCCGGGCCAGCCGGGGCCGCGGCGGCGAGUUCUACGCCCGCGGCCGCGGCUACCGCGGCAGCUACACGGCGGCGGCGGGGCCGGCGGCCGCCAGCGGGGCGGGGCGCGGCCGCGUGGCCAGCCGGAGCGGCCGGGACUACCGGGCCCCCGCCGGCUCCGCCUCCUCCGCCUACCACCACCAGCAGGAGGCGAGGGGCGAGGGCGGCCGGCACCACGGCGCCGAGCGCUCCCAGCACAACCCGGGGCGCGCCCGCAACCGCAGCGAGACGCGCAGCGAGGGCUCCGAGUACGAGGAGAUCCCCAAGAGGAGGAGGCAGCGCGGGUCGGAGACGGGCAGUGACAGCCCCGCCAGCGACCCGGGCCAGUCGGACAAGGAGGACGCCCGCAAGGCCGGCGGCCCCGCCAAGAACGGCGCUGACGCCCCCGGCGGCGCCGCCGCCCACCCCGCCGGCUCGUCGGGCCCCCCCAGGGGCCCCCAGGCCCGGGUGUUCACCCCCCGCGGCGUGCCCUCCAGGAGGGGCCGGGGUGGUGGCGGUGGCACAGGGGGGGGUGUGUACCGGAGCGGAGGAGGUGUAGCGGGAGGCGGCGGACCCCCCGGGAGUCACCGAGUGCCCCCCGGCUCCGCCCCUCACGGCUGGUCCUCCAAGGCCGCCGCCCCCGCCCGCAAGCAGCAGCAGGCCCCGCCUCCGGCGCCCGGCCCCAAGGACCCCAGCCGCACAGGGGUCCCCGGGGACAAGAAGGAGAAGGUGUCUGAGGGAGGCCACGCCCCCACUCAGGUAGCCCCCCAGGCGGCGGCGGCGGGCCCCCUCGUCGGGUCCACCGCCCCGCCCGUCCCGACGGAGAACGGAGGCCCCCUGCCGCCGCAGACGGCGUCCGCUGGGGCGCCCCCCGCCGGGCGGGGCUUCAACUCGCCCGUGCCCGCCGACGGGGGCUUCGAGCGCCGCCGCCGGCGCCACGGUCGGUCCCAGCACCAGCAGGACAAGCCGCCGCGGUUCCGCCGGCUGAAGGAGCGGGAGAACGCGGCCCGCAUCAACGGGGGCGGGCCGGGCCCCGUGGGGCCGGCCGCCGCCGGCGGCGCCCAGGACGGGUUCAACACCCAGAACAACAACAACAACAACGCCAGCAACAACGCGGCGAUCAUCACCAACAACAACGGGCAGCCGGCCGGGAGCCACGCCCCCCCGGCGCCGCCGCCGCCGCCGCACCACCACCACUACAGCCAGGGCAAGGCGGGCCCCCAGAUCCACGCCCACGGCGCCAAGUCCCCCGACUUCUCCAACCAGAACUCUGACCAGGCCAACGAGGAGUGGGAGACGGCCUCGGAGAGCAGCGACUUCACCGAGUUCAGGGAGCGGGAUGGAGGAGGAGGAGGAGGAGGAGGAGGAGGAAGGGAAGGAGGGAAGGCCUACCCCCCUGCUCACCACCAUCACCACCACCACCCGUCCAGAGGAGGGGGAGGGGGAGGAGGUGGGGGAGGAGGUCCGGCGGAGCGCGACCUGGCCGGGAAGGAGUCCGCGGCCAACAAGAGGAGCUUCUCCAGCCAGCGGCCCGGCAUGGAGCGUCAGAACCGGAGGGUCGGAGCUCCCGGAGGAGGAGGAGGCGGAGGAGGCGGCGGUAGAGGCCCACGCGGCUCACAAGGAGGAGGAGGAGGAGGAGGUGGUGGUGGCGGCGGAGGGGGAAUGGGCAACGGAGGAGGAGGAGGAGGAGGAGGAGGUGGCAACCGUGGGGAGAGGCGCGGUAACUGGCCCUCCCCCAAGAAUAGGAAGUGAUUGUGAAUUAUUGUUAUUCUCAGAAAGGGCCCGCCUCCUAGCCCCCCCCCCCCCCCCCCCCCUCCCCUCCCAACAGAUCCUCACCUUCCGUUACCACAUUGGCACAUGAGAUGUGUGUAUGCACGGAGGCGGUGUCCGCGUUCGAUGCCCGCACCUUCCUUUCUCCUCCUCGUCAUCAGCCGUCCGAUGUGACCCCCCACCCCCCCCCAUCCGGACUCAACCGGACCACGACCCUCUUUUAGACCUCGCCCCUUGUGUCCCCGCCCCCACCUAACACACACACAUACCCACACGCACGCACACAGAUCCAGACGUGUGUUAAAGCGAUCGGGGAGGUGGUGGGGUUCAAUCGAUCUGAAGUAGGCUGAAUUUUUUAACGUCCCGGAACGGGUUUUUCUGCCCUGUUGCCGGGACUUCGGUCACAUGGCGUCACGUUCGCCCACACCCCGCCCCACACCCCGCCACCCCCCCCCCCUCCCACUCCUCCAUGAGAAGUACAAGACGGCAGUCGGCUUUUACACAAAACACUUGUACAAUAAUCCCAUGUUCUGUUUCUUUGACGCCUUGGGUUGUCUGUAGUGUCUCAACCUGCCCCCGUUCCGGGAGGGAAUUCGUUUGGUUUGUUAUUAUUAUUCAUAUUGUUUUCUUUUUUCUUUUUACUUCUACUGCAAAGCAGGUUAUUAAAUUCGUUUUUAUCCUACUCCUCCUCCUCCUCUUUCCUGUGUUUUCCCGUUGAAGAGAAGGAAAACCUUUAUCGCGUUACUGUGACUCUUAAGAAACCGUGGUGGAAGUACUGCGGAAGUACUACUCCUGAAGUAUUACUCCGGAAGUACUGCUCCUGCAGUACGGCUCCUGAAGUACUUGAGUACUACUAAUACCCCCCCCCCCCCCCCCCCCCCCCCCCCGCUUGUUCCCAUAGACGACAGUGUUCAGUUUGGUCCCUGGUCUUUCACCCAUACCUGCUCCUCCAUGUGUGUGUACGUGAGAUACCUUGCUAGCUUCCCGGGGAGCAUUGGCCUGCCCCCCUCCCCCCACCACAUGGGUUGAUGUUUUUGUUGUUUUGGUUUACCUUAAGGAUCACUUCUUGACCGCAUGGUGGCGAUUACUUUCUUUCUCGGCUCCUCCCAAGACACGAUAUCGCCUUGAGAAAGAGUUAAAAAACGUUAGUUACAUUUAGAAACAAAAUUGAUUUAUGCUCCGAUUAGGUGGUUGAAGUCACUCUUAUUAAGCACUCCUUGUGGCACCCCGAUGCCCUGCGUGUGUGUGUGUGCGUGUGUGAGAGUGCAUGCGCCGUAGUGAGUGCACUAGGGAGGGCUCCUUGAUUUGCGGAAGUAUUUCUUUCUUUUUUUCUCCUCUGGGGGGGUUUUGUCAUGACGGGGGGGCGGCCGACCACAGAGAGGCUGACCCUCUGGUAUCACCACGCAGCAGUUCACAUCAUCAUGUUGUCCCCGGCCUCUACCCGAGUCUUUUCAGUAGAGAGGCGUGUGUGUGUGUGCGUGUAUGUGUGUGCGUGUCACACCCAUCCUUUUAAAUGUAGGAUUGCACCCCGUUGGUCACCUCUGUAAGUUGGGGUUCUCCUUCUGUUUACUGAUGACAGUUUUAUUCAGUUCGGCUCUUGGAUGUUGUGAGUAGGGCAUUUGGUGUGUGUGUGUGUGUUUGUGUAAUAUCCUGGAGGGGAUUGCGUUCUUCGAUCGGGGUACACUCGCCUGCUGUUGUCUGGCCACAUGUCAUUUUAAAACAAACAGAACGAAUAAUUAUGGCUUCUUUUUCUUUACGACAUCCAUAUAUAUAAAUUGAAAUUGUGUGUUUACCAUCCAAAAAACGAUGAACUUACUACAAUGACAUGUCACCAUUCUUUUUGUUCUGUUUCAUGAGGUUUUUAUCACAACAGAAUCGGGGGGAAUCAUCGCGUUCCAGUGAGUUUAGUUACGAACACAUCUACCGCGGGUGUGCUGUCAAUCACUGAAUCACCUCAGUAUGGCUGCCACAGGCCCCCCAACCCCCCCAUUUCACCCUCCUGAGCGUUGAACGACCUGCCCAUAGUGUAUGUACCCCAUGUUUAAGAGAAGAAGAAAAAAAAAAAAACGGUGUAUUCCUGAAAUACUGAAUAGAUUGUACUAUAUUUCCAGCGUUACCAAGGUACCGGGCGUGCUUCAGAACUGACCUAGCGUUUAUGGUUUAUUAAAAGGAACACACAUGUAUGUAUAUUGGUAUGUUUCGUCUCCCCUCCCCGCCCCCCUCCACCCCCCGACUUACAUUCCCAUAAACAAAUGUUGCCAUUUUUUUUAAGUUUAAGGGAGCAAUGUACAAGCAGAGAAGUGUCUUAUUAUAAUAAAAUUAUACAGAGGAAAAAGUUAAAUAAACUUCUUUUGUUUUAAAGGAAAA